AAAAAAAAAAAAAGCGAAACCGAAUCAAAUUCCCUUCAUAAAAAUUAACCGCACCAUCUUCCACUUUUGCUUCAAUUCCACGCUAUAAAAAAAAUACCCCAAACCAACCGGUGACCGGCGAUGUCGGUUCGGAUGCUCCGCGUCGCCUGCGACGGCACCGGCGUUUACCGGUCAGUCCAAGAGGCCGUCAACGCAGUGCCUCUUCACAAUCGGGCUCGGAUCAUAAUCCAGAUCUCCCCCGGUUUGUACCGCGAACCCGUUCACAUCCCGAAGACCAAGAACUUCAUCACUUUUGCCGCGCUUAAACCCGAGACCACUGUAAUUUCUUGGGAUAAUACUGCCACCAAAAUCCAACAUCAUCAGGAGUCGAGGUUGAUUGGGACUGGGACUUUUGGGUGCGGGAGUGUGAUUGUUGAGGGAGAGGAUUUUAUUGCUGAAAAUGUCACCUUUGGGAACUCAGCGCCUAAGGGUUCAGGGCAAGCAGUGGCUCUCAGAGUGACGGCGGAUCGAUGCGCGUUUUAUAACUGCAGGUUUCUUGGAUGGCAAGAUACCCUAUAUUUGCAUUAUGGAAAGCACUAUUUGAGGGAUUGCUAUGUCGAAGGAAGUGUGGACUUUAUAUUUGGGAACGCUACUGCCCUUCUGGAACAUUGUCAUAUUCAUUGUAAAUCUGAAGGAUUUAUAACUGCUCAAAGCAGAAAAUCUUCUCAAGAAACAACUGGUUAUGUGUUUCUAAGGUGUGUUAUAACUGGUAAUGGUUCUUCUUCAUAUAUGCAUCUUGGACGUCCAUGGGGGCCCUUUGGAAGGGUUGUUUUUGCAUACUGUUGGAUGGAUGCUUGCAUCAAGCCUGUUGGUUGGAACAACUGGGGCAAAGCUGAGAAUGAGAGGAAUGCAUGCUUCUAUGAAUACAAAUGCUCUGGUCCAGGCAGCUGUCUUACUCGCAGAGUAGCAUGGUGCAGAGAACUGGUUGAUGUAGAGGCUGAACAGUUUCUAGCUCAUCAAUUUAUCGACCCAGAACCUGCGAGAUGUUGGCUGGCUCAAAGGAUGGCUAUAAAAAUACCAUUGUCUGCGUGAUGUUGAAGAUUUCAGUACCCAUGGUUGAGAAAUCUUGAGGAAGGAAAUAAACGAAAUCUUCUUAUCUUAUAAGAUCAGUGUAAAAGCUUAUUAUGCUGUCAUCUCCUUGUUUCAUUAUCUAACAUCUAAUGGAGGAGCAUGGAGAGCAAAACUGUUUCAGCUAAGUAAAUAUGUAAGAGCAGUGCAAAAAGUUCAAAUGGGUAAAUUGUUUUACCGUUUGAAUGCUUUCAUCUCAAUGGUUGAUUAUCUCAUGUAUUUCUCAGUUUUAAAUGGGAGGAUAUUGUUGGCCUUUUUGUUUU